CUCCACGCGAUCGGUCUUGUUAAAUGCCCAGGUGUGCACCACUUUGCUUGCAAUCACCACCCAGAAAACCUAUAUAGCGAGACGGGCUACUCAUUGGCUGCUUUCAGAAGCGGAAUUGCGCGUUUCCAGGAUCCUCGCAGUGCUUCCCUCGUGAGGUCAUCAGUCCGCCGCGAUCGAUCGACGACUAUUGCAAUAUGAAGACGAUACUGCAACGCGUAAAGUCAGCCUCCGUGUCGGUGGACGGUCAGCUGGUAUCGACUAUCAAGCAAGGCAUACUAGUAUUUGCUGCAAUAGCCAAAGAUGAUACCGUGAAAGAAGCCGAAUCGAUGGCCGCUAAAGUACUUAAGGUCAAGCUAUGGAACGACGAUGAAGGAGGCAAGUGGAAGCGAAAUGUGCAAGAGAUUGAGGGCGAGGUUCUAUGCGUCUCACAAUUCACCUUACUCGCUUCAACUAAGAAGGGUAACAAGCCCAGCUUUCACGAGUCUGCGACGCCUGACAAGGGUAAAGAGCUCUACGAUGCCUUCGUUGGCCAGGUUCGAAAGCUUUAUCAAGAGGAUCGUGUCAAAGACGGUGUCUUCCAAGCAAUGAUGGACGUCAGUCUGGUCAAUGAUGGGCCGGUCACUAUCGAGAUUGAGACCAAGCCUGUUGUCAUGAAGAAUCCGACUACUAUGCAAGAGUUUCAAGACGGAGAUGUAUUGAAGACGCAUGCUCACCAAACAUUUGAGUAUCCUGAGUCUCUUCUUAAAUGAGCGCAGCCAACCCAGUACCCUUCUAGCAACACAUUCGAAUUGGAUAGAUCGCCGUGGAAUUCAUCAGACGGCUGGAAUAUCAUGCGAUGCACCAUUACAGCAUGACAAGAAUGGAAGCGAAUAUAUGCCGAUUUUAU